UGUCUAACGAGCCGCCUUCGUGUGCCUGGGCGCGGGUGGGGACGGGCCCGGCUCAGACCGCGGGGGCUGGAGCCGAAGCUCCGGCGCGAGCACCGAUUGUGGGGGUCCCACGCGCGCCCGGAGGUCGCCGGCAGGCGCUGUGUCCGCCAGCGGCCGCCGUAGGCGAGGCGGGGCGCUGCCCGGAAGGAGACGUAGUUUUCGGGAGUAAAGCGGAAGCGAUGGCGGCGGCGGAGGCCGAGUGGGAGCCGGCGGGGCUGCUGCCGGCCUCGGGGGGCGGCCUGGACUGGGAGGCGGUGCUGGGCGAGGAGCUGAGCGAGCUGCUGGGCGCCGCGGAGCCGCGGGAGGCCCCGAGGGACGAGCCCGACGAAAAGGAUCUCUAUAACUUUCAUUUUGAUCUGGAUUUGAUGUCUUGUGACUCGGAUCUUUGGAAUAUCACAGGCCAUGCUUAUGCAGAUGCAAGCGUGAAGACAGAACCCUUGUCACCAGCCACUUCAAAUUGUUCGGUCCCUUCUCCGCUCUCUGUGGACUCUCCAGUGCAGAAUGUGCCUGAUGAUGUGGACUGCAGCUGCAGCUCCCAGAUGUCUCCCAUCUCUCUGUACAGCAAGAGUUGCAAAAGCCCUGCAUCCCCUGAAGGAGAUGGAGGGAAGAAGCCUCUUGUCAGCAUCACUUCUCGGUCUGCAAAUAAUUCUGCGAGGACCCUGAAGAGGUGUGGUCAGACAGCAUCCAGGCCUUCGAUACAACCUAAACCCCUUUUGCCAGCUGUCCGUGAGGCUCAGACUAACAUUGGUAUCCCAGCUAAAACCAUCAUUAUUCAGACUCUUCCCACGCUUGUGCCACUGCCAAAGCAUCAGCCAGUUGUUAACAUCCAGCCAGCACCCCCUAAAGGUCCGUCAGUGGUGCUCCCCCAGCCCACUGUGGUGCAGCUCCGGGCUCCUGGGGUGCUUCCUGCCUCCCCACCCGUCAUCGCUGUCACCGGAGGGACCACGCCACUUCACAGUCACACGGUGAACGCGUUGCCUGCAGCUGCUGGAAAUGGCUCAACAAGCGGCAAAACACCAGUGACUAAGCCCUUGCUUCAAAGCCCCACACCAGCAAUGGGACUGGAUGUCAAUGUCUUGAGAAGACAGCAGCGCAUGAUCAAAAACCGGGAGUCAGCCUUUCAGUCACGGAAGAAAAAGAAAGAAUACAUGUUGGGACUGGAGGCGAGGCUGGAGGCAGCCUUACUGGAGAACGAGAAACUCAAGAAAGAGAACAGCACACUGAAGAGGCAGCUGGAUGAAGUAGUAUUAGAGAAUCAGAAGCUCAAAGUGUCAUCUCCAAAGAGAAGGACCCUGUGUGUGAUGGUGGUACUGGCUUUCAUAAUGUUGAAUUAUGGUCCAUUGAGUAUAUUUGAAAAGGAUCCCAAUGGAGCUGAUUCCACUGCAAGUUCCAACCACCGGACCAGAAAUCUUCUGGAGUUCUCAGCUAGCCAGGAGUCUGGCACAGCUCAGAAAAUACCUGGGGACGACAUUUCACAGAAGAGUAAUAGGUAUGAUGGUUCUAUAUCUGAGAACAAAGCACUGAUGAUAGUCUCAGAAGAACCACUGUUAUAUAUUUCACCACCACCACCACCCUGUCAGCCCCUGAUCAACCGAACAGAGUCGCUGAGGCUGAAUCAUGAACUUCGAGGAUGGGUUCAUAGACAUGAAGUGGAACGAACAAGAUCUAGAAGGCUGUCAAAUAACCAACAGCAGAAAGCAAGGGUGAUGCAGAGCUCUCUCAGUCAGAAGGCAGAUUCCCAGCUAAUGGCCGUGCCUUACACAGACACCAGCCUCAGCAGGAACUCAGGGAAUGAGCUGCAAGUGUAUUAUGCCUCUCCAAGGAGCUAUCAAGACUUUUUUGAAGCUAUUCGCAGAAGGGACGAUACGUUCUACGUGGUGUCAUUUCGCAGAGACCACCUGUUAUUGCCAGCCACCACACACAACAAGACCAGGAGACCAAAGAUGUCUAUAGUGCUGCCAGCUGUAAACAUCAAUGAGAAUGUGAUCAAUGGGCAGGACUACGAGGUGAUGAUGCAGAUCGACUGUGAAGUGAUGGACACCAGGAUCCUCCACAUCAAAAGUUCAUCUGUCCCUCCUUACCUCCGAGAGCAGCGCAGAAAUCACACCAACACCUUCUACAGCUCAUCUCCCUCGGUCCCAGAGAUGCCUCACACCCUGAGGGCGAUUGUCAAAUCCCUGCAGUAGCUCCUGCGAUCCCGGCAUGGCCCCUGCACCUGAAAUGCAGCAGCUCCUGCUGCCAGACUGAGCCCCUGCACUGGUGGCUCCGUGGGGCUCCUGGCAUACGGCACAGACCCCACUUAGCCCGUUCCUGUGCCUGACCCUUGCCGCAGGCUGUGUCCUGCCUGGGACUCAUACAGCUCUGCUGGGGACAGGCCGGGUGACCCGCAGCGCGGUGUCCGGUGCCGGGUGCUGCACGCUGCUGCAGCCUGCUGUCUGCAUCAGCAGCCUGGCGCUGGCACUGGGGGGGUACGGGCCAUUCUUGCUACUUAUGCACUGUCCAAAUUUGUGGUGUUUUGUUGGUUUGGUUUGGGUUUUGUUUUUUUUGAUCCCUGUUAAACCUUCUCCCGAGGUGGGGUGCUGAGCACUGGGGUCCUGCUGGUGUCUUCUCCAGCCCAUGCGGCCACAUGGCAAAAGCUGGGGCUUGGCCCAAGGGUGGUGAUUAAGUGCAGCACAGGCAUUUCUAAAGAUUAUACUGCUGUUCUUUUUAGUUCCUUAUUUAUUUUUGUUUGUUUGUUUUUUCCCUUCCCCCCCCCGUUUUUUCCUGUUUUCCUGUUUUUCCUUUUUUUCCCCCUCUUUUUUUUCUCCUUCUUUUUUUUUUUUCCCCCCCCCUUUUUUCUUUUAUUUUUCCUUUUUCCUCCUCCCUGUUUUUUGUUUGGCUUUUAAGUGUUUUUUUGGUCAUAUUUAAUGCUUUUCACAGCUGACAGCCUAUGGAGCAGCACAGCCUGUUUCAGCUCAGUGGGACACAGCCACAGCACCUUCCUUCUGAAACACGGACACACAGACACAUGUUGACAGCCGCGCAGCCCCUCUCUGCCCUGCAGCACCACCAGCCACCCCUCAUGCAACAGAGGCGCGUUCCGUUCGCCCCCAGCACCAACCCGCUGGCUAUGGCUCUUGCUGCCAUUCCCAAGCCCACUCAGAGCUCUGGGAACCGAUGCCCGGUUUGUCAGCCAAGCCCCAGCUGAACUGGGCCGAGGGCCUCCAGCGCAUGGUGCGCUGUGGUGCUCAGCUGGGAUGAGACGCCAGUGGAGCGUUGGCCUUUCCUAAUGACUUCCGCAUGUUACACUAUUUUUUUUCCCCUUUACAGUUAGCACAGAAGAGGAUGGGCUCCAGUUUGCCAGCCAACUGCCUUUCCUCCAUUGUCUGAACCACUGACUGAUGAUGUAUUUUUUUUUACUUUUACUAUUAUUAAUAUAAUUAUUAUUAUUUGUGUGUGCCUGUUCAGAGAGAAAAGUUGAUCCUGCAACAGGACAAACAGCUCAGAGGAGGAGGAUGAGAAGCAAUCCAGCCUUUGCAACACUAUGGAAAAGCUUUGCCCUUUGCCACGUAGUCAGGGUGAGCUGCACAGGCCCCCGGCCCCUCGGCACUCACGCUGCUGGGAAGCAGCCGCACUCGGCGAGGGGUUUGGCCGCGCUCCUUGCACCAGUUCUGUUUUCCUGGCCCCGGCCCCACCUGACUGUGGGCCAGCGCGCACAAUAGUCAAAAAUAAAAACCCUGGCGGUGCCCCAGCCAGAGGCACGCAGCUCUCCCGGCUGCUCUGGGUGGGUGUUUGCUGCUGGGGAGGGGACCCAGGGGUGGUGGCUGAGAGUGGCACAGCGUGGCAUGUUGGUAAGGGCUGCUGCCAAGGGCUCAGGGACUGCAGUGGCACCAUGUCCCCAGCCGGCACCUAUGGGUACUGGUGGUGGAGGGCACCCCUCGUCCUGGGUAGUUCUGUUUUUUCCCUAACACUGAUGGCAAUAAAAUGGUUCUUUUAUUUAUUAA